AUGGUACCAGAGUCGCUACCAUCCGAAGAUGCGGAGGAGGACUACAAGCCAUCUACACAGCCAGAUGCUGAUGAAGAUAACAUCACUGUGGGCGUCUUUGGUGGGGUUCAAGACCUCGGAGAGGGCCUUGGUGAAGGGUUCAUGAUGUCAGGAGGCCUCGGUAGUAUUGGCUCAACCGCAGACUGGGGUGCGACUGGCGGCCCUGCACCGCGCAAACUAUCAAAAACCGACGCGGGAAAUGGAGGGAAUGGAGUCUGA